UCUCUCAACUUCAUCUCCCAGACACUCGAGAUGGCCAAACUAUUUAUUGGUGGCCUAGCAUGGCACACCACUGACCAGACCCUACGUGAGGGCUUCGAAAAGUACGGCCAAGUCGAAGAAGCGGUUGUCGUCAAAGAUCACGACACCUUCCGCAGUCGAGGAUUCGGCUUUGUCCGAUUCGCCCAGGAGCAAGAUGCAGAGACCGCCAUGAAUGCCAUGAAUAACCAGGAGUUUGAUGGCCGCACCAUCCGUGUCGAUAAGGCCUCUGAGCGUCCCGGUGGUCGCAACAACGGUGGUGGCUACCAUGGUCGUGGCGGUUACAACCGACCGGAGGGCAACGGAAAUGGAGGGGGUUACCGUGGAGGAUACGGCGGAGGAGGCUACGGUGGGGGAUACGGAGGAGGUGGUGGAGGAUAUGGAGGUGGUGCUGGUGGUGCCGGCUGGCGCAACCCUCAGCAAGCCCCCACUAACCCCGGUGCUUAACAUCCAACAUGGGAAACUCACUCCGACUUUCGCUAAUUUGAUAUCUUAUUCGACCUAUGAAUAUAUGGCUAUGAGACACGAUCUGAUGGAAAUACUGGCCAGUUUGAUUCUGGAGACACGCGAUUCGUGGAAUUAUUGGUGCCCUUUUGCUACUCUGCUGCCUUGACUAGUGCCACGAUAGUUUCUGUUUGAUUUGCAGUGAACUUUUUCUCUCAG